GAGCCCCUCGUGCUUUGGGUCCAGGUCACCGCGUCUCUAACUGACGCGCGUGUGGGCGUCACCGGUCGGUGGAGAAGCUGCCGGAGCGCGGCGGCGCGGCAGACAGCGACCUGUUCACCAUGCGGCACCGGCUCCGCUGCUUCCCCGUGGCUCUGGUCCUGAUGCUGCGGCUGGCGCACGGUCCCGGACCCGUCGCGGAGUACUCCUCCAAAAGCGACCUGGACUACGAGUUCGGGGACUACCGCGGGAAGUGGUGCAUCGACGACCACGGGUUCGUCUACGGCAUCGGGGAGGUUUACUACCCGAGUCCCACGGCGUGUCCGUGCACGUGCACCGUGGACGGUCCGGUGUGCGUCCGGCCCAAGUGUCCCCGCAUCCACCCGCGCUGUACGCGGAUCAGGUACAAGGCGUGCUGUCCGGUGUGCGAGGCGGUGGCCCGGGUCUGUGUCUACGGAGGCAAAACCUACCGGCUCCUGGAGGAGUUCAGGCUGUCGAGGUGCGAGCGCUGCCGCUGCGAGGCCAACAGGGAGGUCUACUGCAGCAUCUCAGACUGCCCUGCCCCUCACUGCGUCAACCCCACCUACGAAGCCAACCACUGCUGCCCCAUCUGCAGGACCGGUCCUAACUGCUUUGCUGGGAACAGGGUGAUCCCAGCUGGGGAGCGUGUGAACAUCGACGAGCUGACGGUCUGUUACUGCACCUACCGGGACGGGACCUGGCACACCCACCCCCACGCCACCUGUGAGCAGCAGCCCCAGGUGGACCCGACACCCAGCACCAGCACCGAAGCCCCCAGUGAUGAGGGCAGCAGGGAGAGAGGGGGGAGGUUCAAACCCAGGCUGGACCUCAUCCCAUAAGAUGUGAAAUUCACUGGUCCAAGCAGCCCAGUCUGUUCACGGAUGUUGUGUUGCUUCUGCAGCGAAAUAAUUUCUCUAUAGUUCAGGUUUUUUCCAGCAGUGUAAUUAUAAAAAGUAGAUAUAUACAAACGUAGAUUUAGAUCUUGCUGUGACCCAGUACGUUAAUUGAUGUAGUCCACAUGUCUUUGUCUAAAUCUCCUGUAACUUCCUCCGACCUCACUAACCAAACAUCAGGUAUAAGUGAUGUGUCUCUGUCUGAUCCUCGUCAGUAAAGUGAGUUUGUAGAACAUGUAACUCACCAAUGAUCUCACUGGAGUGGAGAAACUUGUUUAAAUGUGGUUGAAUGCAUUUGUGCUUAUGGUUCUGAUAUGAGUUUCAAAGUUAGGACUAAAAACAUCACCCAGGUUUUUUUUACUUGUGGACCAGGAUUUAGUGAAUGUGUUUGAGGUUCUUAUUUUCAUUUCUCUGUUUAAGGGCGGGUGAUUAAAACUUUAAUUUUGUCCUGAUUGAGCUGGAAAAGGUUCUGACAUGCUGGGAUAUGUAGGCUCCAGUUUAACAGCGUUAAUGGGUCCUGGGUCGUCAGAUGUCAGAGUAGAGCUGAGCAUCAUGGUGAUGAUGCAGCUGGUUAAGAGUAACUCAUUUCAACCUGACCGUUUGUCUCCAGAGAGCAGGACAUGUGGCAGUAGAAUAAUCUGCAUGCAUCCCUGUUGUUAGCAGCAAGGAGACAGACAUCACAUUCCCGCAGGCAGCAUCAGAUAUUGUUUGAGCUCUUGGAUUUGCUGUGCAGCCAGUUUUCAUGCACGUUAGCUUGUUGUCUGCUCUCCUUCCUCUGCUGGACUCGAGGGCACCAACAUACUGACCCAGAGCUGGAUGCACCUGCACUGACCGGUUACUUCUGGGCGACUCCACAGUCCAUAACCAUCUGCCACACUAAAACCCAUCUCAACUGUAAACCGACCCCUGGCAGACGUAGUUGUGUUUUAUUCCCAUUAGACACAAAUAACACCAGAUAAACUGAGUUUAUGGUGCAGGUAUAGUCAUUGUUGGGUUUUGAAUUCUCAGUAUUUGACCUCUGCAGCUUCACUACAUCUCACCUGCAAACAUCCAGCCCUUUGUUGUUUCAGUCCCUCAGGGAUUUUUUUCAGUACUCAGGCUUAACAUGUUUACAUCUUUAUGUACAACUAUAUUUUUAUCUGUAAAUUGUUCCAGUUGCGUCAUGUGAACUGUAGUUUGUCAAAUAAAACUUCCAUGUUUCUAGUCA